AUGACCCUGAUUCUGUCUUACGGCUCUCUUGACUUGGAGGCGACAUCUGCUAUUCCCUCACUGAACGAUGACUGCGCUGUACUCAUCCUAUCCAUGCUCGAUAAAUCCUCUCUUCAUGCCAUCGCGAACACAUCAAGUGCUGGAUGUGCUGCCGCAAGACGAUUCCUCGUCCGGGACGUUAUACUUCACAGUUUUGACCACGCCGCCACAUUCUGUCGAGUGGUCCUUGCAUCCGAUCUGGCCCACCUCGUAAAACGGCUUAUCAUCGAGAAACCGAUUCCUUUUCUGCAACACAGGAAUCCAGGUGCACUGGAAAGGUUUGCAUCUGAUCUUGCCAGUCUUCUCGAGAGAGUGCAAAGUCUCGAUGCCUUCGCGCUCGAAUCAUUCGCAGGCGCCCUGCUCAUGAAGGAGCCGCGCAUCGCCGUAGCGCUUCUUGCUCAGCGUCCUCGCCAUCUAUCACUGAACGGUGCAGAUGGGAGCUCAUUACUGGCCAUCCGUUCCAUGUCAGGCAUCGUGGACCUGUCUUUGGUUGUUCAAGACACUUCCGAGGACUGUUCCCCAGCGAUAUCCAGUAUCAUCGAGAAUUCCGCGAACACACUUCGGACGCUGACCCUAAAAACCCCCCUUCCCGACUUUCUUACGAACACAGAGAUGGACAUUCAUUGCUGUCAAUCUGUUCGAACGAUUUUGAUGGACACAGGCCGCAACAUGAAUCAGAGCGUUCUACGACGCUUCUCCCUUUUUUUUCCCAAUCUCCAGCGCCUCUCCACGGCUCCUCAGAGCUUCGCACUUCGGGCGAGCGACAUCCUGCAAGAAGAUUUUCUACAAUCGCCUUUGAACGCUCUAACGGCUGUGAGCGGCGAUGUAGCUCUCAUCGCCUUUCUCGCCCAAUACCACUCGUUACGCUACAUCAAGUCGACGGACGUCAUCCUCAGCUUCUCCGAAGAGAGGCAGGCGCUCAUGGAACGAUUGGUCCAUUGCCCUGUUCAAGGGGCGAAACUAUCCAUUUGGGCCAACCAUCCCGUACGGGAGGUCCUUCUGGGUGAAUUGGCUCAUGCUUUGCUGCAAAUCAAGUUCUUCGCGAUUGCCAUUCAAUUCGUCACUCUGACAAACCUUUUGGGGGCCCUAGAAUCUUCGGUCGAUAUACGAGAUUAUACCGGCAACGUGUUCAUUCCAUUCACCCAACUCCGAUACCUUUCUAUCGAGCUUACAUCUGAAAUCGGCUUCGACCGGGCGGAGUCCAUCGACGACGCCAAGAGACAUUUCGUAGCAAUCUGCUUCCGCGACGUCCCGUCAUUGGAAUGUGUCGACCUCCAGAUAUACGGCGUCGACGAGGAGAGGUCCUGGUGGAAAAGAUGUUCUGAUGACAUAGAGGAAGAAGAGUCUGUUGAGGCGCUGGUAGAGCAGAUUGGUGAUGAGGAAGGCUUUUCAAUGCGGACCGAGCACGAGGGAGAGCUUGCGUAUCUGGUCGAGUGA